UGCGAAAAUAUAUUUCUUCAGCUUAUCGCAAUAUUAGCUGCUUCCUAAUGCCACAUCCCGGACUAACAUUGGCGCAAGGACUCCCAUACGAUAAAGCAACCGUGAAUGACAUUGAUCAAAAAUUCGUGCAGCAGUUAACUCCACUUGCUGAAUCUAUACUGCAUCCAGACAAUCUGAUCGUCAAGCAAUUUUCCGACGGAAAACCUAUGGAUUAUCGCGGUUUGUACGCGACAGCGACUAAAUGUGUUGACGCUUUCGGAACUAUUGAUAUCGACAUUAAAGUUGACGACAUAUUGGAGGUAAUCGCGAGUGCCGAAGACAAUGAAAUAAGAAGGGCUUGUUUGAAUCAUUACACCAAGCUGAUGAGCCAAUACAUUGUAGGAUGUGGCAGCGAGAUUGAAGCAAAGCUGAAGCACAACAAAGCGAAAGCAGACGUAAUCAGUAAAUUUUACUCCCGUAGUAGAGGCGGCGCGGAUGCGAAGCGUGUGCAAUCGAGAUUCAGGCUAGGUCUUAUUUUCAGGCUUGAAGAUAAACCAGUACCGCCAACUGAAUUCGAUACUUUUCACGAAACGUGUUGGGAAGAGGCAAUGGGCAGUAUGGAAAAAUAUGGCAACUUCUAUUCGGAUCUAUCAUCUGAAGAUAUGAAAAAAGAGAAAGCUCGUUCCUACGAAAUCUACAAAGAACAAAAUUGUAAUAGAUAUGAAGCGACUAUUGAGAGACUUGAAAUGCCAGGAAAACUAUAUGGAAAUGUGGUCGCCAGCAUAGCACAAAUGAAGUCGAAGAGGAGAGUGAGGAUCAAGAUUUAUUUGCUACAAAUAAACAGAGUCGUCGAUCAGUACGAAAAAAAAGUCAACGAGAUACAAGAGGGUGGGAGAGUAGGGAACAAUUUGUUCCGCGAAAAAAGAGGUUCGCUUUUACAGAUCAGCCGUUCGGAAUUCAACAGUAGCCACAGAAAAGGGAACUUUCGUCAUUACAUAAACAUUGUUGGAAAAAGCUGUGCAAAAAGUGGAAUCUGUCCGAAUUGCGCCAAGCAAAGGGCGUCUUCUAAACAUGAAACUGAAAAAUUAUGUUGCUGAUUUUAGUGGACAGUUUGAUCGAGAAAUGAAGCAGAUUAAUGGUCUUUUCAUCGGACCCGUAGCUUUGAA